GUUACUUUGGCGUUUUAGUUGUUCAUUGUUUGUUUGUUUGCGCAACAAUCAGUUGAGUUUGGCACUUUGAUUGGUUUACAAUAUGAUGGACGUUAGCAGCAUGUACGGCAACCAUCCGCAUCAUCACCCACAUGCCACCGCUACGGCCUACGAUGGCUACGGCAGCAACUACUUUCCAACAGCAACCACUGCGCAUCAUCAGCAGAGCACGCAGGCUCAGCUAAUGCCGCAGCAGCAGCUCGCCUACAAUGGCUACGACAGCAGCAGCAACGGCAGCAACUACUACCAGCAGCAACAGCAGCAGCAGCCACCAACACAGCAGCAGCUGCAACAUGCCCAGCAGCAAAUGCAACAGCAGCAGCAAGCGCUCUAUCCCCACUCGCAUCUGUUCAGUCCCAGUGCAGCGGAGUACGGCAUUACCACUUCGACAACGGGCGGCGGCGGCGCUGCCAACAGCACGCCACUGCAUCCCGCCAGCCACUCGCCCACGGACAGUUACUACGAAAGCGACUCGGUGCAUUCAUAUUAUGCCACAGCAGCGGUUGCCACAGUGCCGCCGCCCGCCAACAACUCGCCCGUAACAGCAGCCAAUGCCACGCAGCAGCAGCAGCACCAGCAACAGCAGGUUGGACUGGAUGCCCAAGCGCCCAUUAUAAGCUCCGAGAACGGCAUGAUGUAUACCAAUCUGGAUUGCUUGUAUGCGCCGAGUGUAGCGCAGCAGGCGCAGACCCAGCCCCAUGCACACUACGGACAAAUGGAGGAGAAAUACGCAGCAGUGUUGCAUGCUGGCUAUGCCGCGCCUGCAGCGCUGGAGGAACAGGAUGCGGAUGCUAUGAUGCAACUGGCUGCGGGACAGCAACAGUCGCCAGCGCAAAUGUGGCAUCAUCAUCAGCAUAUGAGCGGCGGCUAUCCGCUGGAUGCGUCCAUUGCCAUGGACUAUCCACAUGCGCAUCUGCAUCAUGCACAUCUCAGUCAUGGCCAGUUGGCCAGUCUAAGCAACAAUGUGCAGCAGCAACACCAGCAACAUCAGCAGCAGCAGCAGCAGCAGGCAGCCAACUCGCAGACUCAGGCUGUGCCACAACAUACGUUGUCACCCAAUGGGUUGGGCUUGAGCCGUAAUCAGCGUGGCGGCGGUGUUGUUUCGCCUGGUAGCUCCACCUCUUCCUCAACAGCGUCCGCCAGCGCUGCCGGCAACAACAACAGCAACAAUAACAAUGCAAACUCUCAAUCAAAAUCGCCAAAUCAUGCAACAAACAUUCCAACCUACAAAUGGAUGCAACUCAAACGUAAUGUUCCCAAGCCACAAGCACCAAAGCUACCUGCCAAUCUAUCCAAUAUGCAUGACUAUCAGCUCAAUGGUCAUCUCGACAUGUGCCGGGCCGGCAACGUUGGCGGCGUCGGCGUUGGCGGCAAUGCAACCGUCUUGCCUCUACAGAAUUCACUGCUGCUGUCAAAUGCGACGGCCGCGGGCAGCGCAGCCAGCGGACUGGGCGUGAGUUUGGGCAGCGGCGGCAAUGUUGGCGGCAGCAAUCUAGGCAGCUGCAACAUGUCAACCACCAACAACUCGGGUCGCACCAAUUUUACCAACAAGCAGCUGACCGAGCUGGAGAAGGAGUUUCAUUUCAAUCGCUACUUGACGCGCGCGCGUCGCAUUGAGAUCGCCAAUACACUGCAGCUAAACGAAACACAGGUCAAGAUUUGGUUUCAAAAUCGCCGCAUGAAGCAGAAGAAACGCGUCAAGGAGGGUCUCAUUCCGGCGGAUAUACUCACGCAGCACAAUGCCGCCAACGUGAUAAACAACGACAAGCAGCCCCAACAGCAACAGCAACAACAACAACAGCAGCAGCAGCAGCAGCAACAAAUUGAACUGAAGGCUCCUGAAUUGGCCAACAAUGAGCAACUGCCAACGGCAACAGCAACAACAACAAUUGCAACCUCAAGCAGCAGCAAGCAAAGUUGA